UUUAGUUUGUGUUGUCUUCACUAAAAGGAUUAAGACUUCUCUUGCAACCCCUCCUAUGGCUACCUUAUCAAGUACUGCUAGUUUUUGUAACAUUCUCUUGUCCUUCUUUUCAGUAACGAUCCUUAUAGGUUUACGUGCCGAAGCAAGAGCAUUUUUCGUGUUCGGAGACUCCCUUGUCGACAGUGGCAACAACAACUACUUGGCUACUACAGCUCGCGCGGACUCACCACCGUAUGGCAUUGACUACCCGACUCAUAGGCCGACCGGACGUUUCUCUAAUGGCCUUAACAUUCCUGAUAUUAUCAGUGAGAGCAUUGGUCAGAGCGAAUCACCCUUGCCAUACUUGAGUCCGGAACUCACCGGGCCGAAGCUCUUGGUCGGCGCCAACUUUGCUUCUGCCGGCGUUGGAAUUCUCAGCGACACUGGAGCUCAAUUUGUGAACAUAAUAAGAAUAUCACAGCAAUUGUCAUACUUCCAACAAUACCAACGAAGAGUGAGUGCGUUGAUCGGCGCAGAAGAGGCGCAGAGACUGGUGAACGAAGCAUUGGUCCUCAUCACUUUGGGGGGCAAUGACUUCGUUAACAACUACUAUUUGGUGCCCUUCUCCGCAAGGUCUCGACAGUUCACUCUUCCCGACUACGUUCGCUAUCUCAUCUCUGAAUACCGCAAGAUUUUAUCGAGACUUUAUGAGCUGGGAGCUAGAAGAGUGCUGGUGACAGGCACAGGGCCACUAGGCUGUGUGCCUGCAGAACUAGCAAUGAGAAGCAGAAACGGCGAAUGCGCGCCUGAGCUCCAACAAGCUGCAGCCCUUUUCAACCCGCAGCUCACUGAGAUGCUGCUAAGCCUCAACUCUCAACUAGGCAGCGACGUCUUCAUUGCUGCUAACACACAACUAAUGAACAGUGAUUUCAUCCGCGAUCCUCAAGCCUUCGGGUUUAUUACGUCGAAGGUGGCGUGUUGUGGGCAAGGCCUUUACAAUGGACUAGGCCUCUGCACGCAGCUAUCCAACUUGUGCCCCAACCGAGAUGUAUACGCAUUUUGGGAUCCAUUCCAUCCGUCCGAGAGGGCUAACAGGUUCAUCGUGAGGCAGAUCAUGACAGGCUCUUCCGCGUAUAUGACUCCCAUGAAUCUCAGCACCAUUAUAGCCCUCGAUUCCCGGAUAUAACGUGCCAUUAGUCUCGUAAUUCAAGCUUUUCGAGACCUACGUACCGCCAUGAAUUCCUAGUCACAACCUCCAUCUACAUGCGAGCUUCAUUUCUGUGCGAGCAGUUCUACUUUUUUGGAAUUAUUUCUCUUUCAGAUGCUAAUAAAUUAGGCCGCCGUCUUUCUUCAGAUAAAGUUUCUGAAGCUGAUUUUUUCAUCCUGGAAGUAUAAAUGGUUAAAUGUUCCUGUUCUAGCUACUUUAAGUGUAAUAAGAUCUGUGAUUAUGGUGAUUGAUUGAGCAGUUUUCGUGCAUGGGAACUGUUUAAAUACACAAGUUCGAAAGCAUGUAUUAAUGUUUUUAUAGAUCGGGGAUCAUGACUUUUGAGGGACUGCAAUAUAAAAAGCGAGUGCUAGCUCUUGUGGUUUUCA